AAACAAGGUUCUUCAAUUUGGAUCCCUGGCGGUGAGUCACGGACCAGCAUAACCAGUAAAAUAAUAGCAUCACUAUCACCAUUAUCAUCUUCUUCAUCGUCCUCAUCUUCUUCAUCAAUCUCAGGGUUAACUUCCUCUUUUCCAUCUACAAAGGCAGUGGAUCUGCAAUUGUGAAAAACCCUACACAACCCAAUCAAGUUGCUCCUGCAACUACCACAGGUCUUUGUUGCAAUUGUGCAUGGAAAUAUAUAGGUCGAGUCGGAUCAUUAGCAGGCAGAAAAGGCUACAUCAAUUGGAUGUUGGUUUUGGAUGUUUGGAGAUCUUAAUGAAUUGUUAACGGAGAUUUUGUUUGAUUUUUCCUGAUGUAUGUCUGGCCUCUGGUAAUACAUCCACACUCUGAUUAUUUCUUCAUGAGCAUAAAUCCGUGUUUUGGUGUGAUAAUACAAUUCUGUUUUAAUGGAAAAUUUGUGCCCAGUUCAAUGGGAAGUUGUUAUCAGUUGAGUAUGUGUCCAUGACAGAGGUGUGUGUUUGUUUGCGUGGAGUGUGAUUAUGAAGGUGAAUAAUGUGUUUGUGGAAGAUGAAAUGCGGUACUAAGGAAGUGAUUUUAAGUUGUUUGCUUGGCCUAUUCUGAGUGCUAAAACGUUUUUUUGGGUUGGAUGAGACUGAACUUCCUAGUGGGGCAUUUUUAAUACCAAAAAGUUCGAGUAGGAGAGAGAUAAACAACAAGAUAAGCCUCUGGAACAACUAGAGUCACUGGAGAUAUUGUGUGAUAGAUAUUUCCUGAAUGUACUGUCUGAGUCAAAGAUCUGUAUUUUCUAUAUCGAUUAAGCUCAAAUGAAAGGAGGACAUAUUUAUAGCUUUAAAGGGAGGUUUAUUUUCCUGCCUCUGGUUACCCUUGUUCUAUUUACCACAUUAAUGUGGACAUGGGAGAGAAAUCCAAUAAUAGCUAUGACUUUAAGAUCUGCUCAAGAAUGGUACAACUUACCUUCAGCGGAAGCCCCUAUUGAAUCUGUGGCAACCGCAACACUGGAAAAGGAUGUGGAAAAAUCCGCUACUCCCAGCACAGAAAAUAGAACAGAAAUUCACCUUGAUACUCAGGUUGUGGCAACUGUGGAUUCUAUACCUGCAGACUCUCCAAAAUCUCAAUACAAUCAAAAUUUCACUCCUUCUUCCAGAAGUACAGGAACUCCAACACUGGAAAAGGGUGGGGAAAAAUCCAUAACCCCAACCACACCUGCAGAAUCUCCAAAAACUCAAUACAAUCAAAAUAUCACAGCUUCUUCUAGAAGUAAAGUUUGUAAUUAUGCCAAGGGUAAGUGGGUUGCCGAUAGCAGGAGGCCGCUGUAUUCUGGGUUCAACUGUAAGCAAUGGUUAUCCUCAAUGUGGUCAUGCAGAAUGACACAACGACCAGAUUUCUCGUUUGAGGGAUAUCGCUGGCAACCAGAAAAUUGUGAAAUGCAAGAGUUUAACCGGUCUGCGUUCUUGAGAAAGAUGCAGGACAAAACAAUUGCUUUCAUAGGAGAUUCGUUGGGCCGGCAACAAUUUCAGUCUCUAAUGUGUAUGGUCACUGGUGGGGAAGAGAGCCCAGAGGUUCAAAAUGUGGGAUGGGAGUAUGGUUUGGUAAAAGCACGUGGAGCUAUUCGUCCAGAUGGUUGGGCUUAUAGAUUUCCCAAGACUAAUACCACUAUAUUAUAUUAUUGGUCAGCUAGCUUAAGUGAUUUGCAGCCCUUUAACAUCUCAGACAAACUGUCAAACGUUGCCAUGCAUUUAGACCGUCCCCCAGCUUUCAUGAGUCGGUUCCUCCAUCGCUUUGAUGUUUUGGUUCUUAAUACAGGACACCACUGGAACAGGGGGAAGCUUACUGCGAACAGGUGGAUAAUGCAUGUUAAUGGAAAGCCAAAUGAAGACAAGCAGAUUGAAGUAAUUGCAAAUGCCAAAAACUUAACAAUCUACAGUAUAGCCCGGUGGCUUGAUUUGCAGCUUGUUUCUCAUCCUCGGCUCAAAGCUUUCUUCAGGACUAUAUCUCCUAGGCAUUUCUUCAAUGGGGAUUGGAACACUGGUGGAAGCUGUGAUAACACUAUACCUUUAACCAAUGGAAGUGAGAUCAUGGAAGAAGGGUCUACUGAUACAACUAUUGAAGGUGCUCUAAAGGGUACAAAGAUUAAAAUACUGGACAUAACUGCCCUAUCGCAAUUGAGGGAUGAGGCUCACAUGUCGCGCUACACUUUUAGAGGAACUCUUAAUUCAAGUGACUGCUUGCACUGGUGCCUACCUGGUAUUCCAGAUACGUGGAACGAACUCCUUGUUGCUCAGAUAUAGGCUGUCAUAGUUUAGGCACCUCUCCUUGCUUACAAAUGCAUUACAGAAUGCAUUAGUAAGAUGUUUAGGGCACCAGAAUAUGUUCAUUAUUUAUGGUCUAGGAAGACCAAUUAUUUGUUUCGUCCAAUGAUGUAUUUCAUUUAUUGUUUUCUCAACAAAUAGGAAAAGUGGGGAGAUCGUACAGCCCCAUUCCAUUUUCAUUUUAAUGAAAGAACAAUUAGGCGAAACUUAUAUAUAUGUAUGAUUUGGACAGAAUCGAGGAUGAACAUAACAACACGAGGUAUGAGCUAUAAAUACCAUAGGCAUGACCAAACUUGUCAUGGCCUUUAUUCAA